UCUAGCACGUGCUUAUAUUGUUUACGUUGGUUAACAAGUUCAGUUUAAGUGGAAACAAAUUAAUUUCUCCAAAUGGCUAAAACUAAAAAUAAGAAACGUCCGCAGGCAGACGUUUUGUCUUCGAAAAAGUCCAUUGUCAAGGCCAAAAAGAACAAUCCAUUUGAGAUUCAUGUUAAUAAAGAAAAGCAUUCGAUAAUCGGGCGACAGCUAAAACAUGACCGCGGUAUGCCCGGUGUAUCCAGAUCAAAGGCUUUAAAACGUCGCAAAGACACUCUCGGCCAAGAGUAUAUUAACAAAAACAAGACGAACUCAUUUAAGGAUAAACGGAUCGGUGAGAAGUCAAUGUCCAAAGAAGAAGCAGCCAGUGCGAGGUUUGUUGCCGAACGUUUGAACCAGUUUAAAGCCAAGGAAAAACGACACAGUUUAUUCAAUCUCAACGAAGACGAGGAUGUUCUGCUGACACAUAAAGGACAGACUCUCGAAGAGAUUGAACAAUUCGAUGAUCCCAUGUCGAGUGAUGAGGACGAUGAAGAAUUGGGUAAAUUGGACUCGAAAUUUACCGAUUCAGCGCAUUUCGGUGGAGGACGUGAUGAAGAUGGUGGUAGUAACCGGAAAAUGGCCAUUGAAGACUUGAUAGCAGAGCAAAAGCGAAGGAAGAACGAAAUUUCCAAAGAGAAGGAAGAGGUCAGCGAAAUGACACAAAUAUUGGACUCGAAUUGGAGAAGUCUACUGCCGUUGAUGGGAAAGUUGAGCAAAGAUGAUGAUGAGGUCAAACCGAAACCCGAUGAAUAUGAUCGAGCGUUACGGGAAAUGAUUUUCGAGCGCAGAGGUGAAGUAAGCGAUAAGCUGAAGUCGGACGCAGAAAUAUUGAAGGAGGAAAAGGAAAAGCUAGAGAAAUUGGAAAAGGAUAGAUUGAAGCGUAUGCUGGGCGUUACAGAAGAAGAGAGAAAACCCACACACCGUUCAGCUGAUGAUUUGGAUGAUGGUUACUAUAUGCAAACGGCUAUCGUGGACAAUCAAGUGCUGGCCUAUAACAUGAAUGGUGAUGGUAAAGCUGAAGACACUGAUGACGAAGACAUUGAUAAAUUUGGCCAAGAUAAGGAUGUAGAAAAGCCUGUUGAUGCUGAGGGUGAAUCUAAAGAUUUGGAGGAUAGCGAAGAGGACGGCGAAGAUGAUGAAGAAGACGAUGAAGGAGAAGAUUCGGAAGAAGCAUCUGGAGAAGAAGAUGACGGUGACAAUCUCAGUGAUUUGAAAGACGAAAGUGACAGUGAAGAAGAACCAAUAGCUGAGAAGAAAGCGGCACCGAAAAAGGGCAGGCAAACCGAUGAGCCCAAGCCUAUUGUAAUGACGGAAACCGAACGCAAACAAAUGAUGGAAAAAGCGUCAGCCGAACUCCCAUAUACUUUCGAUCUUCCCGACUCAUACGAAGAUUUGGCUGAUCUGCUCAAAAAUCGAAAUGCUGAGUAUCAGAAUGUGAUUAUCGAACGAAUGAUCAAGUCUAAUCAUCCGAAGGUAAUACCUGAAAACAAGGAGCGCAUGAAUGUCUUAUUCGCGUACCUGCUGCAGCAUAUCAACGAUGUGUUCUUCGAACCAACUCCAAAGUCUGUCAGCAAGUGUUUUAUGAUUAUCGACCGAUUGUGUCCGCAUUUGUAUGAUCUGUCUCACAUCAAUCCUGAACAGACAACGAUGAGCUUCCAGGGGGUUAUCAAAGAGAAACAAAACGAUUUUCGUGAAAAUGAGAAAGCGUACCCCGACCUCGAUGUGUUAGUAUUUUUCAAAUUAGCUUCGACAUUGUACUCGACGUCCGAUUUUCGACAUCACGUAUGUACGCCAUGUUUCAUGUUCAUCAAUCAAAUCCUGACCAGAUGUGCCGUCCAAUCGGGAACAGACAUUGCGAAAGGUCUGUUUUUAACUGUGGUAGUGCUGGAGUAUACGCAGUUAUCGAAGCGAUUUCUACCGUCAGUGCUGAAUUUCUUGUUAGGCGUUAUGUUUCUCAGCGUGCACAAACGACCAAUUGAAAUCCAACGAAUAAUUCCUCCUUUCAAGUCGAGAGGUGCUGCAAGUGAGCUGUUGGUUUUGUCGGAAAAUGCUGACGUGAAGUCAGUUUCGCAACAGAAAAUGAUUGCAACAGACCUGGUGCAGUCAGAUAUCAAUGAUUCGUUCAAAGUGAGAGCUUUGAAUACAGCACUGAAUUUAACAGCUGAAUAUUUGUCGUUAAUGGGCGACAAUGUUGGAGCUCAAUUGCUAGCAGAGCCAUUUUCCGAUAUGUUAGACAAAUUGCAAUUGGAUGAACAUCCAGCCUUUGUUCAACAGAGUGCAGACAAAGUUGAAAAAAUAAUUUCAAAGAUAAUGGAAACAAAACUGACCUAUCUGACACCUCCGAAUCAGAAGCCGAAAGUUCUGCGAUUGAUGGAACCACUCUUCGAUAAGGUGUACGAUGACAAACGUUCACAUAAACCGGGCAACAAGGACACAUUGGUGCAUAAGGGAAUGAUUCGAAAAGUUAAGAGUGAGACGAGAGGUGCUAUCCGUGAGAUUCGGCGUGACAAUGCAUUCUUGUCGAAAAUUAAGCUCAAGAAACGCAUGGAAAGUGAUGCCGAACGGAAGGAACGAGUUCGACAAAUAUUUUCAGAGGCAUCGUUGCAGCAAUCGGAGCUUAACGCACUGUCCCGCAAAAAGAAACAUAUGUAAUUGGGUGGUACUAGCUGUGCAAGUCGACCUAUGCAAUGUAAAGCUACAAAAUAAACAAAAAUGUGUACAUACAACA